GGCGUGAGGGGAAGCCGCCUGCCCGCCCCCUUCGCCUUCCCUUCUCUCCCCCUCCCCGCUCCCCCCCCGACCGCGGAGCAGCACCAUGUCGGCGCCGGCGGCCAAAGUCAGUAAAAAGGAGCUCAACUCCAACCACGACGGGGCCGACGAGACCUCAGAAAAAGAACAGCAGGAAGCAAUUGAACAUAUUGAUGAAGUACAGAAUGAAAUAGACAGACUUAAUGAGCAAGCCAGUGAGGAGAUUUUGAAAGUAGAACAGAAAUAUAACAAACUCCGCCAACCGUUCUUUCAGAAGAGGUCAGAAUUGAUCGCCAAAAUCCCCAAUUUUUGGGUAACAACAUUUGUCAACCAUCCGCAAGUGUCUGCGUUGCUUGGGGAAGAGGAUGAAGAGGCGCUGCAUUAUCUGACCAGAGUUGAAGUGACAGAAUUUGAAGAUAUUAAAUCAGGUUACAGAAUAGAUUUUUAUUUUGAUGAAAAUCCUUACUUCGAAAAUAAAGUUCUCUCCAAAGAAUUUCAUCUGAAUGAGAGUGGUGAUCCUUCCUCAAAAUCAACUGAAAUCAAAUGGAAAUCUGGAAAGGACUUGACGAAACGUUCAAGUCAAACGCAGAACAAAGCCAGCAGGAAGAGGCAGCAUGAAGAACCAGAGAGCUUCUUUACCUGGUUUACUGACCAUUCUGAUGCAGGUGCAGAUGAAUUAGGAGAGGUCAUCAAAGAUGAUAUUUGGCCAAAUCCAUUACAGUACUAUUUGGUUCCUGAUAUGGAUGAUGAAGAAGGGGAAGGAGAAGAAGAUGACGAUGAUGAUGAAGAAGAAGAAGGUUUGGAAGACAUUGAUGAAGAAGGGGAUGAAGAUGAAGGGGAAGAAGAUGAAGAUGAUGAUGAGGGAGAGGAAGGAGAGGAGGAUGAAGGAGAAGAUGACUAAUAGAUCACUGAUGGAUUCCAACCUUCCUUUUUUAAUUUUCUUCAGUCCCUGGGAGCAAGUUGCAGUCUUUUUUUUUGUUUUGUUUUUUUUGUUUUUCUUCCCCCUCUUGUGCUCAGUCACCCUGUUCUUGAGGUCUCUUCUCCUCUCUACACCAUCGUUCUCAACUUAUUUUGGGGAGAAAAAUCUUGAGCAGAAUACAGUGGGAAAAGAAUCUCUACCCCUUUCUGUUCCAAAUUAAUUUUUAUCUCUUCCUGUCUCAACAAAAACUAUGGAAUCAACACACCACCGUGCUCUGUGGGAAAAAAAGAAAACCCUUCUGCUCCCUUCGCUCUGCUGGAAGCUGGAGGGUGCUAGGCCCCUGUGUAGUAGUGCAUAGAAUUCUAGCUUUUUUCCUCCUUUCUCUGUAUAUUGGGCUCAGAGAUUACACUGUGUCUAUGUGAAUAUGGACAGUUAGCAUUUACCAACAUGUAUCUGUCUACUUUCUCUUGUUUAAAAAAAGAAGAAAAAAACUUAAAAAAAAAAAAUGGGGUUA